GUGGUAGGCGGCACUGCGGCAGCGAAGAGAGGACGAAUCAGUAACAAUAAACCCAAGGUACGUGCAUCGUUGCUGGCGCUCGCUAUAAGGUCCAGGGCUGCCCAGACAGCGCAUGUAUAGAGCCCUGGAUAAAAAAGAUGCGUCCGCGGUAGAGUCGGUGGUGAUUCGCAAGUGAGUCGAAGUGUCAUGCUCGCCCUUAGACGGGAGCGGCUAUAGAAAGCGCAAUCAUUGCCGAACGACGCGCAGCUGAGGAAAGAAAAUGAACGGCCCCGAUCAGAUUCAGGGGUUAAGUUGUCCGCCCGAUUCGCGAUACAGAGACGUCAGUGAGUGUAUGUGAAGUGAGCAGUGCGUGUGACGAUCUGACAGUUUCUCGACUUUCGCGACCUGUCGUGGAGUCAACGUAGUUGGCUGUGUUUUCGGAUUUUUCCUAAUCGCAGACGCGAAGAGUAUCCGUUUCGGUGCCGCCGGCCUGGUAAAGCGUCGCGACGACGACAUCGCACGCGCCAAAUAUGCCAGGGCUCAUUGCGGUCGGCGAGUUCGUCGAGGAGACCAAGGAGGACUACAACUCCCCGACCACCUCCACCUUCGUCUCGCGUAUGCCUCAGUGCAGGCAGACCAUCACAUCGCUGGAGGAAACAUUGGACUUUGACAGAGAUGGUCUGACGAAGCUGAAAAAGGCCAUAAAGGCUAUACACAAUUCGGGAAAUGCUCACGUAGACAACGAGGUGUACCUCGGUCGGGCACUGGAGAAACUUGGGGACGCGGCAUUGAAGGAACAGGAACCGGAUAUCGGCGCUGCCUUUCUUAAGUUCGCUGUAGUCACCAAGGAACUCAGCGCGCUGAUGAAGACCUUGAUGCAGAAUAUAAACAAUAUCGUGAUGUUCCCACUGGACUCGGUACUGAAGGGUGACCUCCGAGGUGUCAAGGGGGACUUGAAACGCCCAUUUGAGAAAGCGUGGAAAGACUACGAGACGAAAUAUGCCAAGAUUGAGAAAGAAAAGAAGCAGCAUGCCAAAGAGGCCGGACUUAUACGGACUGAAGUGACGCCGGCGGAAAUCGCCGAUGAAAUGGAGAAGGAACGACGAAUGUUUCAGCUCCAGAUGUGCGAGGUUCGAACCUUUUACUCCGGUCGUCUUAUUGUUAGACCUAUUUACCUCAUCAAAGUCAACGAGAUAAAAACUAAGAAAGGGAUCGAGCUGCUUCAGCACUUAGUAGAGUAUUAUCACGCUCAAACGAAUUACUUUCAAGAUGGCCUGAAGACAAUAGAACAUUUCGGUUCUUACGUAGCGGAUCUCAGCGUUAAAUUACAGAAGAUCAGACAGACUCAAGAUGAGGAACGGAAGCGAUUAACCGAGCUCAGAAGUUUACUGCGAAAUUCCGGCUGUGACAAAGAAAUGAACGUGAACGCGAGUGUAGGCUAUUCGCUGCACCAGCUCCAGGGUGACAAGCAGCACGGCGUUACGCGGUCAGGUCAUUUGCUGAAAAAAAGCGAGGGAAAGAUGCGUCGAGUAUGGCAGAAACGUCGGUGUGCCGUGCAAGCAGAGGGUUUCCUCGACAUAUGUCACGCAGAUGAAAACAAACCGCCAACUAGAGUCAACUUGCUAACGUGCCAAAUAAAACUUGUUCCCGACGACAAGCGGGGAUUUGAUCUGAUAAGCUACAACCGGACGUAUCAUUUCCAAGCUGAGGAUGAGGCAGAUCAGCGGGCCUGGAUGUCGGUGUUGGUGAACUGCAAAGAACGAGCCCUGCUCAGAGCUUUUGACGCUAGCGGCAAAGCUGAGGCGGGCCAAGGAAACCCUAGCUUGGUUGAACUUCAACAGGCCGUUAUUAGAUGUGUCACUCGACUACCAGGGAACGACCAUUGUUGCGAUUGUUCCUCUCAGAACGAUGCUACGUGGUUGUCAACAAAUUUCGGGAUAAUCGUCUGCAUCGAAUGUAGCGGUAUUCACAGGGAUCUCGGUGUUCAUAUAUCGCGGAUACAAUCGUUGACUCUCGACAACAUCGGGACGGCGCAGCUGUUGCUUGCACGUCACAUGACGAACCAGUCGUUCAACGAAGUAAUGGAAGCUACACUGCAUCACAAUCUGAAACCGACUCCAACCUCGACAAUGGAGGAGAGGUACGAAUUCAUACGCGCCAAGUAUGUCGAGAAGAGAUACGUUAUGAGCACAUGCGCCGACGAACGUGAUCUUCUGUCGGACUUGGAACAUGCCGUGAACAACAGGGACCUACAACAGUUACUCCAAGUAUUUGCUGAAAAUGUGGAUCUAUCGGCACCGCUCCCUACUUCGGAUAUCGGCGAGACGGCACUCCACCUGGCGAUACUACGUGAAAUGGGAAACAGCCUGCACCUAGUCGAUUUUCUUGUUCAAAAUAUGCACGCUGGCAGCAUCGACAGAACUACAACUGAGGGUGAAUCGGCACUCCACUUAUCCGCAAGACACGACAGAGCUGAGGCGAUGAAGCUCCUUCUCAGGGCUGGAGCUGAUCCGAUGCUGAGGAACAAGCAAGAAAAGACACCGCUUGAUAUUGCACAGGAGAUGGGGCAUCACACGUGUAAAGAACUGCUUAGCCAUGCUCUUCAGAGGCAAAAAACGUUGUUUGAUAAUGUGAACAUCGACUGGAACUUGUCGCAUGACGAGGGCUCAACCGAUUUUUCUGACGACGAUACGAUCAUCGAAGACAGAAACGGAUGUUCGACACCAGAGAAAAAAUCGCGUAGCAGGCCACCGUCUUACGCCGGGGGUGGAAGUGGCGGACCAGGAGACUCGCCCCAGACCUUGCGAAGUCGAAGCAGUACAUGCGGAAGUCUUCAGGGUGGUUCCUCGCCGAGUUCGUCGAAUAGACAACAAAUGCCACCGCCACCACCACCGCAGAGUCGGAAACCCCUCGUAACUGUUACGUCUUCUGCGAUCGCAUCUUCGGACAUCGGGAUUGUAGCGGCAGGCAACGUUCACGGGUCAUUGAAGAAACGCGUCGCGCCUCCUCCGCCCGCGGCGUUGAUUGGGACAGCCAGCUCGAAUCUCUUACCUUCCCACUACGGCACCCUACCGUCUUCCGGAACUUCGACUUCCUCUCACAGUCGGACAACCAGUGAGCCGAUUCUGGCCGGUCACACGCUCCAUACUCUGCCGAGCUCGUUGAAUGCCCUGAACACCCAACACCACCUGCAUCACAAGCGGUCCCCCAGUGGCGACUCAUCCUCCUCUACGGCACACGGUGUAGAGAAGGUAUCUACACUCCAGAGGCCGCGAAACCCACCACCGCCAGCACCAGGGCCAAAUGCUCAGCAUACGACGAGACUGAGCAAUGGACGGAGCAGUGAGUCCCUCACAUCCUUGUGUUCCGAACAUGCGUUGGGUAACCCCGUGCCACCACCGAGAAAGCGAAGGGAGCAGCGAUCUGGAAUAGAGAGGGGUACCGAGGAGUCUUCUUCUUCUUCUUCUUCAUCUUUGCUCUCGAAUAUCACGAUCAAUCUCAAUCCGCCGUAUCUGUUUUAUUCCCUGCAGCCAACGUCGCCUGGGGGAGGAUCCGGAACCGGUGGUUCGGUUUCCACUGGCGGGCUUCGGCGGUGUCGCGCCCUCUACGACUGCGAAGCGGACAACGAAGACGAGCUCUCAUUUCGCGAGGGCGAAGUAAUCGUUGUGACCAACGAGCACACCGACGACGACAACUGGAUGGAGGGUGCUCUCGAACGGCAACCGGACAGACGAGGCAUGUUCCCUAUAAGCUUUGUCCACAUGCUGCAGGAAUAACAUUCGGCGAGCCUCGGUUCCUUGGCUUCGAUCGUCUCGGGUGAUGACGUCACCUGUCACGAAUCUGACAUGGUUCGAUUACACGGACGUAGCACUUGUUCCGGAAAAACUCGCUCAUCAUCGAUGAGCCUCACGCGACAUGGUGUAAGAAAAUCCGAAGAUGGCCAGACCAUCCCCCGCAGGUCGAACAUUCAUUAGAUACGAAACUUUCUUUCUCUCUCCACCCGUUUUGGCCACCGUGUUAGGGGUGCUUUAACGCAUUUUAUGCUCCAGAGAACCAUCCAGAGAUUGAGAGAAGGAAAUGAGGGAUAGGGGGACACAGAGAAAACUGUAUCGUAAAUUUCAAAUGAAGAAGAUGAGGGAAAGGGAGGAACGUUACUUAAGUAUUAAUCGUGUUCCUACUCGUGAACAAUUAAUUAUAACGACAAACACUACCAUGCAUGACACUAAAAAAAAAAGUAUUCUGUACAUAUGCAAUAUACAUAUAUCGGUCACAAAUCGUCACAAUGUGAAUAUUAUAAUCGAGUUUAUUUUUAUGCCAUACUAACUUUAAUCAGUAACGUAAACGUCACACGAUAUUCAACCUGCGGCACGCGCAUCAUGGGUACGUCGACUCGUAUUAUUUGAAGAAAUUGAAUGUACGAAAAUUAAUUGAAGAGAUUCAAUUUAUCUUUAUGUACCUUCAGUAAGAUGUUUAAAUUCUCACAAAUUUGUGCGUAGAAUGAAAAUAUAUUAUAGUAGAAGUAGGUGUGUGACAGUGAUGCGAGGAACGUACAGAAGAACGAAUUACAACAAUAUAUAGUAAGAUUAUUCGAAAUUAGCAAGUUUACAUUUCGAUAUCUCGAGACCAAAGAACAACUUAUUAAAUUAAAUUAAUGAUCAAGAAAACCGAGCCAAUGCGAAGCGAUGUAUCGUGUGUAUUUGUAUAAUAUUGUAUCGUUUCGUGGUUACUUCUUCCGUCGACGCUCCUGAUAUUUUUACAUUUCUCACGUCGCAACGGGUUUUCCUCUUUAUUACUGUUAUUUUUAUUAUUAAUUACCGCAACGUGACGGGUAUUCAGAAUUAGAUCGAAACGUAAACACUGGCCGUUCGGUCCGUAUACACACAGCGGUACAUCCAUAGAUCAGUAUUGCAAGUCUUGUAUAAAUAUAUUUUAGUAAUUGUAAGUAUAUAAUAGAUAUGUACGAUUCUACGUUCAUUUGUUGUUACUUGAAUGCUUGAGAUUUAAUGAGAAUCGAUUUUCGAGUCUGAACAAUGAACAUGAAUCUCAAACAUCCGAGUGCGAAAAACGGUGCACACUUCCUGUAAAGACCUGUGUUGUUACAAGUACUCAUACAUACUCUCGAUGUGUGUGUAAAUAUAAAUCGAUGUUUUUAUCAAUCUAUGGACACACACACACACACACACACACGAUAUGUAUGUGCAUAAUGUAUACAUAUAAUAUCUAUUCGAAGUAAUGAAGUAACGAUAUAUACAUAAUAUAUAUAUCACGGAAGUAUAUUAGGAUCAUGAAUGUUGUAUUCUUUGUAUUUUAAUCACAACCGUAUGUACAAUAUAUCAGAAAUUUGGAUAUAUACAUACAUACAUUACUGUAUACAUGUGCAGUACAUAAAUUUAGGUACUAACUUUAAGUAAAUUAUUAAUUAGACAGAUAGGGAAUACGUAGUAUGUAUUGCGUUACUCAACCGAAAACACACUGAUAGUAAUACAUGAUUGUGUGAGAAUAACAAUCGGAGAUUUUGUAUAAAAGUCAAAUGGCCCUCUAAAGCCUCAUAAGUCAUAGAUAGCAUAGCCACAGAUAUGCACGAUACGCAAUUUAGCGAACCGAGUGAAUUCACCCGUGCAAAUAGAUUGCGUGCCAAGAUUUUACGAAUUGUCGUGCGACUUGCUCGGUCUCAAAAUUUCGAAUCGUUUUCAACUAUCGGUGUUUGUAACGCUAAAUCUAACUUAAUAAGGAAAACUUGCGCAUUUCUACAACUUAAAUUCUUACGAAAGAUCGUAUCAUUGCGGAUUGAAUUGUCGGUCGAUUUGUGCAAACCUUUUUUCAGAAAAGACUUAAAAAAAAAUAAACCCACGAACAAAAACCA